AUGUCCCAACCCCUAUUCGGCCUCGUUCCAGCAGGCCUACCUAUGAUCAUCAACCCAACCGAAGCCCCGACGCCCACAUCCUUCCUUUACGCCAUCCGGCCGGCGCAACCACAAAAGCCCUUCUCCCACAUCGCCGUCUUCGUCCUCCCAGACGUCAUCCUCCCCGCAGGCACCGCCGCAGCAAUCUACCUCGUGACGCCGCCCACGUCGCCCGAGCAGACGGCGCCCGACUCCAACUUCCUAGGCGGAAUCGGCCCGGGCAAAGAAAGCGCCGUGUUCAAGCUCAACACAGCGCCGGGGGAGAGCGUGGUGAUCGGGAUCUCUAUCGAGCCGGCCGAGUCAGUGGCAGCGAGGAUGACCGAACACUCCAGCUCGAAGACCGCCACCACCACCACCACCGGUGACGCGGCGAGUGGCGCUCUUGUGCCUGCCCGGACGGGUCAGCAGCCGAGUACGCUGGUGUUGGCGCAGCGCAUCAUCAAGAACGCGUUCAACUUCCUGGCGAGCUUCAGUGGCACCGCGGGACAGGUGGAGGUAGUCCCCCUCAAGGCGUUUGAAGAGUGGUGGAAGAAGUUUGAAAACAAGGUGCGGACUGACCCGGGGUUUCUGGAGAGGGAUGAUUGA